UAGUAUAUACUACGUUUCAGUGGUUUUGGCGAAGUAUAUAGACUACAGCAGAGGCUGACGCCCCAUAUUAAAAAAUCUCUAGUCCAAUCGAGACCCCCAGGAACUCUCCAGUUUAGUGAGUUUAUUUUAUACUCUAUGGCGGUGAUUUUUACUUGAUUUAUUUGCGUGUGUCAGUGACGAAAAGCAUCGAAUUUCGAAAUCAUCUUUAAAUGAUCGUCGACUGGGACGAAAAUACGUGGGUUUCGUGUGUUGGGGGGUGAAUAUUAUGCAGCAAAAGGGAGGGGGAGGACAUUGUUGACGGUGGAAGUCAGUGACGAAGUGACGGACUGCCUUCGAGGAAUAGUUAUGGUUAAACCAUAUGUUGGAAAGCUGCUGAGUGCUGUCGGAACACUGGCUCAGUACACAUGCAUCACCCACUGUGUUUUUGAGUACAUCGGGGAUUUUAUUGUGUGUACAGGGCCGUCAAUGGAACCGACAAUCUACAGCAAAGAUAUUCUCUUUACUGAGCACAUUACCCCACGUCUUUUAAAAUUAAAAAAAGGUGAUAUUGUGAUAGCAAAAUGCCCAUCGAACCCUCGCCAGCAUAUUUGCAAGAGGAUUAAAGCAGUGGAGGGUGAGAGGGUUCGAUACGGUUUCACAACAUACCUAAUUCCAGAGGGUCAUAUAUGGCUGGAAGGUGAUAAUAGCAGUAAUUCAGCGGAUUCCAGGCAGUAUGGACCGGUUCCACAAGGACUAGUACGCGCUCGAGCCAUCUGCAAGGUCUGGCCACCCCACGAUAUCACAUUACUCACCACAAAGUGCGUCAAUCCCGAUUGACGUUAUAGACAGAAUAAUAUUGCGUAUAAAAAUCAAAAUUUUCGGUUAACAAAAUGUACAUAUUGUGAUCAAUUUCGGUAAUUAUCCGUUGAAACUUAAUAAAAUGGUUAUCAUUAA